AAGCGAUCACCUCCGCUCCGCGCGCGCAUUAGCGGCAGCCUUGGCCCCCGCAGCAGGUGUUAGUGGCCAAUGACCCUGCUUAAUCCUGUUUGACCCUCCAACCAAGUGACGUGGGAGGAGCUGUCGAACGUCAUGCAUGCAAACAACGCGUCUCUCUUGUUUGCUGUGCACGCCGCAGAUUCUAGGCCCAAUUCGCAUCCUUGCGAUCGACCACUUACUGAUCCACGAUCCUGGUUUUGGAUUCAUGUUUUUACCCCACCUGCAUCCACAGCGGUCAGGUAUCAACAAUUGCUGCAACUCAAAUUGAGAACCGAUAGCCGACGUCAACAAAGCGCCCACUACGGACCCUUUUAUCACCUCCUUCUCAACACUAUCCGACGGGUUUACUGCAGCCAUGGACAACAUGGGACCCCUCGCCCACACGCUGAACGCCUCUGGUGGCACAGAGUCUGCUGGGUUCCUCAACGACCUCGUCGCUCAGCUUUGGCCCAACAUCAACAUUGCCGGUUGUAACAUGGUGAAGGAUAUCGUCGAGCCCAUCCUGGCCUCUACUCUUCCAGGCCCACUGAAAAAUUUGAAGUUCGUCAAGAUCGAUUUGGGUGAUGUUCCCAUGCAUCUCUCGGAGGUAGAUACCCACAAGACCUCCGCUGGAGGAAUCCAGCUGGAAAUGGACGUGACUUGGGAAAGCAAGAGCGACAUCGAGCUAGACGGUAGCAUGGUUCCCAAGAUUGGCAUCGAGCGCAUUCAUCUCAAGGGAAGACUCUCAGUCCUCCUCGCUCCCUUAACGAACGUGAUCCCUUGCAUUGGCGCUGCCCAGGUUGCUUUCAUCAACCCUCCGAAGCUCGAUCUCGACUUUACCGACGCUGCAAACAUUGCCGAUCUGGGUAUCAUCUCGGGCACUGUUCGUCAAACAAUCCUAGGCAUCAUUGGCGGCAUGGCUGUUCUUCCCAACCGCUUCCUUGUCAAACUUGACAACACCAGUGACUGGUUCAAGACCUACCAACCCCAUAUUGGCGUCGUACGCCUGACCAUAGAACGAGCAGUCGGUGUCUCGGGACCGAAGAAGAGCGGCGCGAAACGACUUCUCGCCAAGAUUAUCAAAGACGUACCUGACUGCUAUUGCAAAGUGACUGUCGGUGCUGAGGAGGUGUGGCGAACCUCGACCAAGAAGAACGACCAUGAUCCGGAAUGGAACGAGACGCACGAUUUCCUUGUCUCGGACUUUGACCAGAACAUCGUCCUUGAUGUUGACGAUGAUGAUGUUGGUGCUGACGAUGACAUUGGCGAGGGCUCCAUUUCCAUCAAAGAUAUUCUGCUGGGUGGUGGAAGCAAGGACAUUGCUCUUUCGCACAAAGGCGAACGCACUGGAGCUCACCUAACGGUGCAUGCCAAGUUCUUCAACCUCGUGAGCGAUGCCUCGGCACUCUCUGCCUCGGAAAGCCAAGGAGAAGGCCAGUUCUGUGGUCUGGCUACCAUACUCAUCGCCAGUGCACUUGGCCUCGAUGGGAAGCGUGAUGAGCUCAACCCCAGCGUCAAGGUGACAUGGGGCGCUAAGGAGUUCCGCACGGCAAUAAAGACAUACACGCCGGGCACUGACAUCUUCAACCCUUCCUUCGAUCAGGCGUUUCGCUUCCCUGUCACAAGGGAUCUGCUGGAUAGCCAAGCAAGUUUCAGGAUUGCGUUGCUGAACAAGGAGACUGAGACUGGUGCUGUCGAAAUCCCCUUCGCGGAUGUGCUCAACGGACCAGACAGUGGUGUUGUAGAUGCCUUCGAUGUCGGCAAUGGCGCGACUGUGAGAGCUAGUGUGACCCUAAAAGGCCUCAAGAUUGCCCAGUAGCGGAGCUUAGGCACUGGGCG